CUAGUUGCUAAGCAGCUGCCUUUCAACCUUGAAUCAAAUAUCAAUCAAAUGAAGAAUAAAGUGUCUGCUAUUCAAGACCUGUUUAAUUUACCAGUAUGUUGUACCUUGCGAAGUGAGGGCAAGGGGGACAUUUGGCAUAUAAAUUGUGAACUUUCUUUGCUUCAGGUGCAAAAGCCAUUGGCUUCUAAAAGACUAGCUUCCAGAAAUAAGCUGACAUCAGUUUUAUGGAGCAUCUUACAUUAGAAUAGAUAGGGUUUUUGCUGGUCCAAAAGGGAUUCUCAGGUACCUUUCAAAAAUGGGUUUGUUUUUCUAGCAAGUAGCCUCUAGUCCCUUUGAAGCUUGUUGAGGAUCUGUGGCCUGCCAGCUCUUCUUCUCUUUCCUUCAGCCAUUGCAACCUAUGCUGCCUUAAAGCACCCAUGGGUAGUGGUCUCAGGGCAACAAGUGGGCUUACACAUUCCUUUCAUGGAGAACAUGUGGCCUGAAGGCCUGGAAAAAAGUCUUUACCAAGUUGUACAAACUCUUGUGACAAAAGAGGGAUGGCUGUAAGCAGUGUGGUGCCUUGGUAUUCCAAGGCAAGGGACUUAAAAAGAGGAUUUCCCUGUCUGUCUGUCUUUCCAGGGCUGAGCGGGCAACAGCUGUGCUCCUGGCAGAUCCUUGUUUCCAGCUCCGUUCUAUUCAGUACUUAUUGGGUCACACGGAACCUUUAGUCCUGGGAAUGACAUCGUCUUCUGCUGAUAAGAAACAUUUCUCCCUGCAGAGCUACACUGAUUAUAUCAGCCAGGAAGAGCUAGCCAAGGUGGAGCAAAUGCUGGGUCAUCUCAGUGAAGAAUCCAAGCAAGCUGCAGCUGCCACUUUGCCCACUAGUGAGGAAGACUUGUGCCCUAUCUGUUAUGCACAUCCAAUCUCUGCUGUAUUUAAGCCAUGCUCCCACAAAUCAUGCAAAGCCUGCAUCAACCAGCACCUGAUGAACAAUAAGGACUGCUUCUUCUGCAAAGCCACCAUCACAGGAGUGGAUGAUUACAUUAAACCAGCCACCUCCUAGUGCCUGGACCCUGCAGGGCAGGGACCGCAUGCCUGGGCAGCUUCUCCCCACAGUGGACUCUCCCCCCUCCAAGAGCAUCUCGUCAAAAGCGGCUGUUCUUCAGCACAGCUGAGAUCAGUUUUAUGACACCUCUUGUAGGCCACACACUUCUGUAUGCAUCACCUAGGCCAAAUUGUAUUCAAUCCUACUGAAUUUAGGUACACUUCCUGUUGCUGUCAUUGACUCCGAAUCAACAGGAAUUGGGCUUUUCCUAUGGGUAAUGUGCAUGGGGGCUUAACAUGGUCAGGUUCUCUACCUCAGCCUGAAUCUAUAGCUCCUAUUCUGCAUCUACCCUAGGAAGCAUGUCUUGUACUGUAGCUGGGACACAUCCUCUUUGAUGUGCUCUCCAUGGUAGAGUAAAAAUGGAUUCUCUGCAGCCAGCAUCUCUCCUGUGAGUCCAGUUACUCACUAGCCAAGUGUGUUCUGGCUGCUGCUACAGCAGCAGCACUUUGGUGUUUGACAGUGCAUGUGUAGCUAGAGUUGAUUCAAAUAUUUGUGUGGGCAUACCCUGCAGACAACCAUUCACCUGUAGCACCUGAUGCGAUCGUUCUGGAGAUUGUCAAGCAAUACUCUCCUGUGCAGUCAAAGGCGGUACAUGUGAGUGAAGGAUUGUGGUACCUGUCUGCCUAAAAAUUUGAAUCUGCUCUUUGUGAGUCUGGCCCCUUUCCUUUGAAGGCAAGGACACCUAUGAAACACAGGCACUAGGUCAGGCUUCUGGUGUGGGGAGCUUAGUGAUACAACAGAGGAAUAAGUGCAGAAAUGCAGCCUAGACCACAAGGAGGAGUUUGAUCAAACGUUUCCAUGGGAAAGACCAGAUUCAGUAGGACCAAUAUUUGGUCCAUGUAUUUAUAUAAGUGGUUGGGAGAAGUGUUCACUAGGUUGAUACUGUAGGUUCCAGCAGGGGUGAACCUGAUUGCACUGCUAUCUUCCACCAGCAGGAAGUGCCUGUGGCACCCACCCUACACUGUGUGACCAGGUUGCCUGUACAAUCCAGGAGCAGACAAGGAUUUUUUAAAAAUUUACUGUGUGUGACUUGUAUCCAGAAAUGUUGGGGAGAGUAGCAAGCAUUGUGCUUGAAACAAGGAAUUUAAUUUAAGUGCAUAUAUGGUUGUCUCUCUUCCCCUUCCCCUUCCAAACUGGAAGGGGAUAUUACUUCCAUAAAAUGAAAUAUUAAAUUAUUAUUCCUUAAAGCUGCGAGAUGCAUAUUCUUCUCUACAUUUCUAAAGCAUUCUUCCUGAUGUAGGUUGUAAGUAGCAAAAGUUGGAAAGGGCUGGCACAGUAGUUACAGGGG